AUGGGGGGGUGCACAUGGGGGGAACACAAUCCCUUGAGCCACAGCAAGGCAAGCUUGCAUCCCUCUCAGCACCCACCUCUGCGUCUCAUCCCUCUCAGCACCCACCUCUGCGUCCCAUCCCUCUCAGCACCCACCUCUGCGUCUCAUCCCUCUCAGCACCCACCUCUGCGUCUCAUCCCUCUCAGCAUCCACCUCUGCGUCUCAUCCCUCUCAGCACCCACCUCUGCGUCUCAUCCCUCUCAGCACCCACCUCUGCGUCCCAUCCCUCUCAGCACCCACCUCUGCGUCUCAUCCCUCUCAGCACCCACCUCUGCGUCUCAUCCCUCUCAGCACCCACCUCUGCGUCUCAUCCCUCUCAGCACCCACCUCUGCGUCCCAUCCCUCUCAGCACCCACCUCUGCGUCUCAUCCCUCUCAGCACCCACCUCUGCGUCUCAUCCCUCUCAGCACCCACCUCUGCGUCCCAUCCCUCUCAGCACCCACCUCUGCGUCUCAUCCCUCUCAGCACCCACCUCUGCGUCUCAUCCCUCUCAGCACCCACCUCUGCGUCUCAUCCCUCUCAGCACCCACCUCUGCGUCUCAUCCCUCUCAGCACCCACCUCUGCGUCCCAUCCCUCUCAGCACCCACCUCUGCGUCUCAUCCCUCUCAGCACCCACCUCUGCGUCUCAUCCCUCUCAGCACCCACCUCUGCGUCCCAUCCCUCUCAGCACCCACCUCUGCGUCUCAUCCCUCGCAGCACCCACCUCUGCGUCCCAUCCCUCUCAGCACCCACCUCUGCGUCUCAUCCCUCUCAGCACCCACCUCUGCGUCUCAUCCCUCUCAGCACCCACCUCUGCGUCUCAUCCCUCUCAGCACCCACCUCUGCGUCUCAUCCCUCUCAGCACCCACCUCUGCGUCCCAUCCCUCUCAGCACCCACCUCUGCGUCUCAUCCCUCUCAGCACCCACCUCUGCGUCUCAUCCCUCUCAGCACCCACCUCUGCGUCUCAUCCCUCUCAGCACCCACCUCUGCGUCUCAUCCCUCUCAGCACCCACCUCUGCGUCCCAUCCCUCUCAGCACCCACCUCUGCGUCUCAUCCCUCUCAGCACCCACCUCUGCGUCUCAUCCCUCUCAGCACCCACCUCUGCGUCCCAUCCCUCUCAGCACCCACCUCUGCGUCUCAUCCCUCUCAGCACCCACCUCUGCGUCUCAUCCCUCUCAGCACCCACCUCUGCGUCUCAUCCCUCUCAGCACCCACCUCUGCGUCUCAUCCCUCUCAGCACCCACCUCUGCGUCCCAUCCCUCUCAGCACCCACCUCUGCGUCUCAUCCCUCUCAGCACCCACCUCUGCGUCUCAUCCCUCUCAGCACCCACCUCUGCGUCCCAUCCCUCUCAGCACCCACCUCUGCGUCUCAUCCCUCUCAGCACCCACCUCUGCGUCUCAUCCCUCUCAGCACCCACCUCUGCGUCUCAUCCCUCUCAGCACCCACCUCUGCGUCUCAUCCCUCUCAGCACCCACCUCUGCGUCCCAUCCCUCUCAGCACCCACCUCUGCGUCUCAUCCCUCUCAGCACCCACCUCUGCGUCUCAUCCCUCUCAGCACCCACCUCUGCGUCCCAUCCCUCUCAGCACCCACCUCUGCGUCUCAUCCCUCGCAGCACCCACCUCUGCCCCCUCUCAUCAUCCCUCGCAGCACCCACCUCUGCCCCCUCUCAUCAUCCCUCGCAGCACCCACCUCUGCCCCCUCUCUCCCUCCUCCCCCCUCGCUUCCUCCUCCUCAGGGCACUUCAGCCCUCCUCCCCCCUCGCUUCCUCCUCCUCAGGGCACUCCAGCCCUCCUCCCCCCCUCGCUUCCUCCUCCUCAGAGCAUUUCAGCCCUCCUCCCCCUCGCUUCCUCCUCCUCAGGGCAAUCCAGCCCUCCUCCCCCUCGCUUCCUCCCCCUCAGGGCACUUCAGCCCUCCUCCCCCUCGCUUCCUCCUCAGGGCAUUCCAGCCCUCCUCCCCCUCGCUUCCUCCUCCUCAGGGCACUUCAGCCCUCCUCCCCCUCGCUUCCUCCUCAGGGCAUUCCAGCCCUCCUCCCCCCUCGCUUCCUCCUUCUCAGGGCAUUUCAGGCCUCCUCCCCCUCGCUUCCUCCUCAGGGCAUUCCAGCCCUCCUCCCCCCUCACUUCCUCCUCAGGGCAUUUCAGCCCUCCUCCCCCUCGCUUCCUCCUCCUCAGGGCAUUCCAGCCCUCCUCCCCCUCGCUUCCUCCUCCUCAGGGCACUUCAGCCCUCCUCCCCCUCGCUUCCUCCUCAGGGCAUUCCAGCCCUCCUCCCCCCUCACUUCCUCCUCAGGGCAUUUCAGCCCUCCUCCCCCUCGCUUCCUCCUCCUCAGGGCAUUCCAGCCCUCCUCCCCCUCGCUUCCUCCUCCUCAGGGCACUUCAGCCCUCCUCCCCCCUCGCUUCCUCCUCCUCAGGGCACUUCAGCCCUCCUCCCCCUCGCUUCCUCCUCCUCAGGGCAUUCCAGCCCUCCUCCCCCUCGCUUCCUCCUCCUCAGGGCACUUCAGCCCUCCUCCCCCCUCGCUUCCUCCUCAGGGCAUUCCAGCCCUCCUCCCCCCUCGCUUCCUCCUCCUCAGGGCAUUUCAGCCCUCCUCCCCCUCGCUUCCUCCAAAGGGCAUUUCAGCCCUCCUCCCCGUCGCUUCCUCCUCCUCAGGGCAUUCCAGCCCUCCUCCCCCCUCGCUUCCUCCUCCUCAGGGCAUUCCAGCCCUCCACCCCCUCGCUUCCUCCUCCUCAGGACAUUCCAGCCCUCCUCCCCCCUCGCUUCCUCCUCCUCAGGGCAUUCUAGCCCUCCUCCCCCCUCGCUUCCUCCUCCUCAGGGCAUUUCAGCCCUUCUCCCCACUCGCCUCCUCCCUCGUUGGGCCUUUCAGCACCCUUCGGCAACCUCACCUGCAGCAGCCCUUGGCUUGCUUGCCUCCUCACCUGCAGCAGCCCUUGGCUUGCUUGCCUCCUCACCUGCAGCAGCCCUUGGCUUGCUUGCCUCCUCACCUGCAGCAGCCCUUGGCUUGCUUGCCUCCUCACCUGCAGCAGCCCUUGGCUUGCUUGCCUCAUCACCUGCAGCAGCCCUUGGCUUGCUUGCCUCCUCACCUGCAGCAGCCCCCGCUUCCGGCUCGCGUGCGACCUCAUCGCCGCAGCACCCUUUGGCUGGCUUCUUCACCUGCAGCAGCCCCGCGUGCAACAUGAUCCGCCGCAGGGACAGAUGCUUGCUUGUCGAGGUCACCGCUACACCGGUUCCUCGCUUCAGGGGUUGUUUGGUCUAG